GUGCAUCUUGGACAAUUAUUAAUGUGACUGUCUGGAAAGUUUGUUCUUCACCAGGCCUUUUAUUCACUUAAUAUAGGGCUACAUGUCUCUAAUGGCAGCUGCUGUGUUUGCGAUUUCAUAGUGUGUAAUGACAGGUCUGUCUUGGGAGAUGGGAAUAUUGCAGGCAGGGAGCUAGCGUGUGCACACAAGUUUGAAGUCCCUGGCUCAAGACCAUGACAUUGCUACCUCUGUGGAAGGGGCGAGGCAAUUUUGGUUGUAUCUAGGAUGCAUUUUUCAACUAAAUAAUUUUAGCUGAAAAAUAAUUAAAUGAGAUGAGCAUUGUUCAAGUAUGUUGUUCGGGAUAUUACCAUGCUGCUGAUCAGCACCUGUUGCCACUAGUCUCUGUGAAUGAAAAUGACAGCUGAGAAUGUUGGCAAAAUUCAAGUAAACAAGGCAACAUUGGUUCAGUUUCUCAGAUUUCUGAGAGCACAGUUUCUGUUUUAAUGACAAUGGCUGAAGGGGAUGUGUUGCUCGCAAAGGACCCUGAAGGUUCUGAGACAUGUACAGCUGAGGUCCCUACAGUGAAAGACAUAGAGCAGCUUUUGAACACUGGAUUAUCUUCUUGUAACCACACUGAUGAAGUAUGGCCUAACCUCCUCUUAGGAGAUCUAGUUACAGCUCACAACAGAUUUGGUUUAUGGAAGAUGGGCAUUACCCAUGUUUUAAAUGCUGCCCAUGGCACAAUGUUUUGCCAAGGAGGCCAAGACUUUUAUGGCACUACCAUUGAUUACUAUGGCAUACCAGCCUAUGACCUUCCAGACUUCGACAUAAGCCAAUACUUUUUCUCUGCAGCAGAGUUUAUACAUAAAGCCUUGAACACACCAGGAGCUAAAAUUUUGGUGCACUGUGCGGUUGGAAUAAGCAGGUCAGCUUCUUUGGUGUUGGCAUAUCUCAUGAUAAAUCAUCACCUCCCCUUGAUCAAAGCCAUCAAAGCAGUGAAGGAACAUCGAUGGAUUUCACCCAAUAGAGGGUUUCUAAAACAGCUGCGAAAUUUGGACAUUCAGCUACGGCAAACAAGAGGCUGUUGAUCAGUGAAUAGAUCCAAACUAUCUUUAAGUUACUUUUUAAAUGUCUAGGAAUGUUCUCAUGAAAAUUUGGUCUUCAGAAUCACUGCACUUAUUAAAUGUAUCUACUAGCAAUACACAUUGGCAACAAAUAAAAAUACAUAUUAGAAAACAA